AUGCCGGGCGGGGGCGCUGAGAGCCCGCUACGAUCGGGCUCGGCGUGGGUCAAGCUCAAAACAUAUGCAAGGCUGAUCAUCGCGUUUCUUUCCCGUAGCCCAGGACCUGAAGAGAGCGGAUCAUAUGAAUCCGUUCGACAUCACCUGGGCCGGACAAACGGGCCAGAGCAGCGGCAACGAACAGGAGCCGGCAAGCGCUCCGUCGACGCAUACGAGGUCACGGACUGGGGCGAAUCCGAGGCCCGCAUAGACACGGCUGGCGACAAGCCUGUGAGCGGCCGCGCUUUUUGUCAGGUGGAUCUUGGUGCGACCGCCGGGACAGAGACCGAGGCCACGGCUGGAGUAAGCCGCGCUUGCGACUAG